CGCCCGUUUGCUCUCCACCGCAAUGGACGGUGACCGCGGCGGCGAAUACUGAAGAGCGAAGCAGGAUUCGGCUGUGCUUGUCCAGAGAGGAACGAACUGAACGUUGUUGGACUAGAUGCAUGGAUUUUGUUGCAAACUGAAUGCAUAAGUAGUUAUUGCUCGAUUCAGGUUUAUAGAUGGGAACUCAGAAAGAAACGUUCUGUCCCGAAGAAAUGCAAAGCGAACGUGUUACCAGAAAACCCGAAGUGCAGGCCCUAAACGAGUCACUCGGCUCCAGUGCCGCAAGUAAAGUGCAAAUGAUUAAAGGUGGUCUGUUCCUUGGUUCUGUGGCUACAGCAGGAAUGCUAGCUGGUUUUGGCACAACACUUGCGAUGGCAAAAAAGAAAAGUCCUGGAUGGUUUAAUAAGGUUGCAGGAUGUAAUACUUUUGACUUGUGUAAGGGUAUGACUGCCACCAUUGCAGUUCCUGAGAGUGGUGCUUCACUUGCCUUGAGAGCCUUGGGUUGGGGCUCUCUUUACGCAUGGUGCGGGGUUGGUUUGCUUAGCCUAACUAUCUGGAAGGCUGUAGGAGCACACAGUCUGACAGAAUUCAGAGAAAAGAUCCAAGCAAUACUCCCUGAAGUUCCAAAGAGCACAGGCAUGGAGGUAGCAGAGCCAUUUAGCUGGGAAGACCUGUUCAAGUCAAAAUGAGAAGAUGCUGAUUAAAUGGAACAAUAAAUGUGAUCUCACUGUCUAGCCAAUUAAACAAAAAUUAGCAACUGCACCUUUUAUAAGUUAAGGAACUUUAUUGUGCAUUUAAAAUGUAUUGAUAUUUGAAUGCUGUACAGAUAUUUUGAAGAAUAAAAUCCUAUAAAUAACA